AUGGAUGAGAAGCAACAACUGGCACAGGGCAUUCCUAGCCAGAGUCCACGUCGCUCAUCGCCCAUGUCACCACUAUCCCGUCUUCGCAGAUUUCUGCUUCCAGUUUUGGCCUUUUUCUUGCUGCUCCGCGGCAUCUAUGACAUCUCGUACCGACACACCUUCGCAGGGCUAGGAGUUAGGCAUCUCGUGCCUCUGGAGGCACACAUUAUCAGCAAAUGCCCAGAUACCAGAGAUGCCAUGAGGGAGCUGAUCCUUCCCGUUAUGCAGCGGGUCUACGACAAGGUUGAUUUUAAGCUCAACUAUAUCGGAACUCCCACGGCAAACGACGGCGUCGAGUGCAAACAUGGACCUUCCGAAUGCAUGGGAAACAUCAUCGAGCUCUGCGCUCGCGAACUCUACCCGGACCCGAAGAUAAACCUCGGUUUCAUCAUGUGCCUGACCAAGGACUACAAGCAUAUUCCCGAGCGGGCUCUCGUCGAAGACUGUGCCUUGGAGCACGCCAUCGAUAUCAAAGCCAUCAACGAGUGCGCUACCAGAGAUGACGGUGCUUAUGGCAUGGAUCUGUUGCGGCACAGCAUCCAGCGGACAUCUGAUGUAUGUACUUCUACGCGUGACAAAACGCUGUCAAUUUUUGGGGGGGUUUUCGGUAUUCACGACAGUCGAGGAUCUGGCUAA